GAGACCUUACUCGAUGGGAAACCCGCUGUGAAGCAGUGCUGCAACAGUACAGGGGAGGGGCCAAGGACACACUCACUAGGUCCUUUCCGAUGCAGUUUCUCGGCCCGUACGAGAAGGGUUCGUGCACAAUCCCGCUUGCCGUCCUUCCACUCCGGGUCCUCCGGGUGGAGCCACCGCUCCGGGAUGAACUCGGUCGGCCGGGCUCAGUUGUUCGGGUACGUGAAGGCCACGUACGGGUUGAGGCAGACGAGCAUCUGCGCGCAGUGUUUCAGAUAGCCACUGCACACAAGCGCGCGCGCGCGAGAUCGCCUUCCAUUGAAAAUAGGCACAAAAAAAAAAGGGGGGGGGGGAAACGGUCGCGGAACACUCACGCCUUCGGGGAUCACGUCGCCGCAGAUCCCCGCCCCACCCCUCGGGACGAUCCUCGGCAUCCUCGGUCCCCCCCGGGCUAUACAUCCGGGCGGUACAUCCUCAGCCCCUCCAUCAGCACCCUCCGCAGUUACGGCAGCCGGGCGAGCGCGUCGACGCUGGUGUCUUCGCUCCGCGCGAACCGGGUCUGGAUCUCCUUCGUUCCGAUUGCUGUCGCGGCCAGAGUUUUCACCGCCGAAGAAGUGGAGAGAUCCUUGGGCAUCUCGGACUUAAGGGGGCGGGCUCAUUAUGUCUUUCCAUUCUUGCGCUGUCCGGGGCGAAGAGAGGCAGAGACAGAGUGUGCCGCUGGACGUAGGACAACUCUUUGGGAGCGACGUGGACGGUGCCGGGGCAAGGCCCUGUGGAUCUUGCGCGCCUUGGGGGGGGGGGCGUAGGUGCCCAUGAGCAGGUAGAGAGGUUUCUCGUCACCGGGCUGAACCGUCAGAGAAGCGGCUCCGGAUAACGGCGCAGCGGGUGGAAGGAGACAUUGUAUAUGCUAUGUAGGAGGUAUUGUGGGUGUCUUCAGUUCUGCGCCGCCUCCCCUCCCUCUCCAGCUGCUACCAUGGUUUGGCAAACACAAAUCUAUAUAGAUAAAAGGCCAGCUCGCUGCGAUGGAGAGCGACUGUCCGUAACCUAACGCCAUCGUGUGGUUUUACGCGGUCGUCAUUUUUCCUUCUUCUAUGUUUUUCUUUUAUUUAGCAAAGCUAUCACAGUUUUGUGAUACGAGAAGCGUAAACAUGAACGUGUGAGCUACUCGAGAGUAUCAAC